UCCUACUCCUUGUGUUCAAAACCCUAGCUUUUCCAUUUUUCUGCAGGUACCCUACGCCGCUCUCAUGGGUAUAGAUCUUGUUGCCGGUGGUAAGAGCAAGAAAACCAAAAGAACCGCUCCUAGAUCCGAUGAUAUCUACCUGAAGCUCCUCGUCAAGCUUUAUCGGUUUUUGGUGAGGAGGACAGGAAGCAGCUUCAAUGCUGUGAUACUGAAGAGGCUCUUUAUGAGCAAAAUCAACAAGCCUCCAAUUUCUCUUUCUCGUCUGAUUCGUUACAUGGCUGGCAAGGACGAUAAGAUUGCAGUGAUUGUUGGCACAGUAACAGACGAUGUUAGGGUGCAUGAAAUCCCCUGCCUCAAGGUAACUGCACUGAGAUUUACUGAGACUGCAAGGGCAAGGAUUGAAAAGGCUGGUGGAGAAUGUUUGACAUUUGAUCAAUUGGCUCUUCGAGCUCCUCUUGGACAGAACACUGUUCUUCUUAGAGGACCAAAGAAUUGCCGUGAAGCAGUUAGGCACUUUGGUAAGGCUCCUGGUGUGCCACACAGCCACACCAAGCCCUAUGUGAGAUCAAAGGGAAGGAAAUAUGAGAAGGCUCGAGGUAGAAGAAACAGCAGGGGAUUUAGAAACUAAAAUGGUUCUCCAUGAAUCGUUUCCGAAGAUUUGUCUCCCAGAUUCCCWAUAUCAUGUUCUCUAUCAAACCUUUAGCUGUUGUUUGCUUUACUUGCUAUGAUGAAAAUUUUGCUUUUGUACUCUGGAUUGYGUUGAAAGAUUUGUUGGAUGAUUUUAGAUAUUGAUGUUUUUAUGUUCAGUAUAUCCAAGCUUGGUUACUUGAUUUCAGUUGCCAUUGUUUAGCAGAAAGUAGGGAUAUCUGUUGUAUAUAUACAGGGAGUGAAUUUGAUUGAAAGUA